AUGAUAUCUGAGAGUUCUCAAGAAUCGCUCAUGAAGGGGAAGGAGGUGACGAUUGGGUGCCUUGUCGCAACGGACGUCGCUGAAGGCAUUCACAUGCUCGCAGGCAGUGUGAUGGCAGUGGAUGCGAUCAACAGAGACCCCUCCAUCCUCCCACAUCACCAUCUGCGCCUCACCACGGCCAACUACUCCAUGACUGCCCCCAUCGCCAGCAUGAUGGCUGCCUACAGCGUGGUGAGGCAGCGGCCAGUGGCAGUGGUGGGGCCGCACACAUCGGAGCAAGCAGCGCUGCGGCCAGUGGCAGUGAUAGGGCCGCACACAUCGGAGCAGGCAGCGCUGGUGAGCCCAUUCGCCACGGCCACUCAAGUGCCCUUCGUGUCCGCCUCUGCCACGGACGCGCAGCUCACUGUGGGCGGCACACGACCCUUCUUCAUGCGCACUGUGCAGAGCGACGGCCACCAGAUGCGCGCCAUUGCCGGUGGGUGGGUGUGUGCUCUCCCGUUUUCCCUGUAUCUCCCACCAGGUGAGAGCAACGGGCAUCUGGUGCAAGCCAUUGCAGACAUUCUGGCAAUAUACCAGUGGAAGGCAUUUAUCGCCAUUCACAGCGACGACCGAUACGGAGGCAAUGGCAUCACAGCGCUGGAAGCAUGCGUGCUUGCACUCAAUCAAGGCAUCAGCAUGGCUCAUCGCGUGGCUAUCACCCCAGGGAGCACGGCAGCAGAGGUGCAGCAGCGCCUGCAGGUGCUGCUGGAGGUGGACACUGCUGUGUACGUUUUGCACGCAUCCACUGCCGUUGCCACGGCGGUUAUACUUGCUGGUGCGUGUGCAUUCAUGAGACGCCUCAGGAAGCUUCUCAUUUCACGCAGCAGCGCCUGCAGCAGCUGUGUGUACGUUCUGCACGACCACGUCCCUCCGCUUCUGUCCAUCUUUCUCGCUGCCUGCUCCCAUUGUGCAGCGAACAGGCUGGGUCUGUUUUCGGCCAACAACGUGUGGAUUGCAACGGAAGGGAGUGCACUCCUCGCUGGCUCCGCCCUGCACUAUGCUCAGGGCAUGAUAGUGACGGCCACGAACAUCCCUACCUCCGCUCCCCUGACUGCCUUCAUCUCAAAGUGGCUCACCCUCGACCCUGUGCGCUUCCCCAACGUCAGCCGCCAGGUCAGACGGGCUGUUGAUUCUCUUACCAGUGUCUCGCUCCCCUCCUCUCACGAAUCCCUCACCUCACCCACUCCCUCUCUCACCAUCCCUUUCCCCCCUCCUCCAAUCCCAACCCCCCCACUCCACACGCUGCAAGCAGCCAUGCUGAGAAUCACGUUCAUGGGCGCAUCAGGCACCAUCUCCCUGUCCCCGUGGGGGUGUGGGUUCCAUGCUGCGAGCAGCCAUGCUGAGAACGACGUUCGUGGGCGCAUCAGGCACCAUCUCCCUGUCCCCCUGGGGCGACCAGCAGAGCAACCUCACUCGCAUCCUCAACAUCCACCACAGUCAAGCCUCAUGCUCUCCCCUCCCGACCCUGCCUUCUAUCCCCCUCGCUUCAGUGGGCCCCAUGCUGCGAGCAGCCAUGCUGAGAACGACGUUCGAGGGCGCAUCAGGCACCAUCUCUCUCUCCCCCUGGGGCGACCAGCAGAGCAACCUCACUCGCAUCCUCAACAUCCACAGCCAAGCCACUGA